UGUUUAGCAGUAGAGGGGUUAAGCGACGGUUGUGUCGAAGCAGAAAUAGUAUCGACGUACACUGGCAAAUGCUCGUGUCACUCUUGCCCCCCUUUUCAAGUUUGGAGUAGGAACGCACGGGAUUUGCAUCUGGAAGGCUCUGGUCCACGCCUUCAACACAAACCUCACAACCUGAGCGUCUCAACAUCGCCGUAGAACCAAACGAAACGUUUGUUUUUAUUUCACGGCUGUUAUUUCAUGUCGAGGGGACUGUCUUAUGUGAUUUACAUUCAGCAGCGUAAUAGUUAAAGCAGUGCCGAAUGCGUUGUUUUAUGUUGUGUGUGGUGCCCUCACUCCAGCAGACCGCUACAGUAGGAAGAUGGCGUCGGAGGGAGCGAGCGGGGAACAGCCUCCUCCGAUACAAACACUGGCAACUGCAAUCCAUGGAGGUGUUGAAGCGAAAUGCGAGUUGAAUGUGGAUAACCUCAGCAAGCCGGAGCUCCUCACACUGCUGAGCAUCAUGGAGGGGGAGCUGGAGGCGCGGGACCUGGUCAUUGAGGCUCUUAGGGCCCGUAGGAAAGAGGUGUUUCUCCAGGAGCGCUACGGCCACUUCAGUCUGACCGACCCGUUCCUGGCGCUGCAGCGGGACUUCGAGGGCGGUGCGGGCGACAAGGAGCGGCGGCCCGUCAGCACCAACCCCAUGGCCAUCCUGGACGCCGUCAUGGCCCACUGCCGCAAGAUGCAGGAGAGAAUGAGCGCACAGCUCGCCGCCGCCGAGAACCGCCAGAAAAGGCUGGAGCUGGAGAAGCUGCAGCUGCAGGGCCUGGAGCAGGAGCAGCGGAAGCUGUCGGCGCAGCUGAAGGACGAGCGGGAGAAGAACAAGCAGGUGGUGAUGCUGCUAGUGCGCGAGUGCAAGCAACUGGCGUCGCGCGCCGCCGAGGAGGGCCACCGGGGCGAGGAGCUGACCGCGCGGCUGGAGGAGGAGGGCCGUGUCCAGGGCCGCCUGGAGGACCAGCUGGCCUCCGAGCGCCGCCGCAGCCAGCAGAUGGAGGCCGAGAUGGAGAAGCACCUAUCCGAGUUCGACACGGAGCGCGAGCAGCUGCGGCAGAGGCUGGGCCGCGAGGAGACGCGCAGCGCCGACCUGCGCUCCGAGAGCGAGAGCCUCCGCCGGCAGCUGGAGCUGCUGAGGACCGGAGCACCGCCCGCAACUCCAGCUGCCGCCACACCUGUCCCAGCUACUCUCGUGCAGCUUAAAGCGAAGGUGGCCACCUCAUCCGUGGGGGUAGGCACGGAUCCCGCCAGCUGCCGGACGACCUCCUCCCAGACGGACCCCAUGCCGGAGCCACCGGAGCCCCACAGGAAGGGCCCGCCACUCAGCAUCCCCGCCAAACCCUCCCCUGCCGCCAACUACGCCGGCAUGAGCUUGCCCAAGACGCCCAGCAUUGGCCGGGGGCUGCUGCACGCCGGGGGCUCACAGGCAGAGAAUGGCGGUGAGGGCCACUCGCCUGGCCCAACAGCUGUGACUGCCCCUGCGACUCCCACUCCGCCCACCGGUGUCAGCCCCCGCGUCCAGGCCGCCCGCUUCAAGUUCCAGGCCUCUCCCUCCGAACAGGACCAAAACGGCUCAGCCAACCAGAGCCCGCCCUCUCGCGACCUCUCGCCCAACAACCGGGACAACUUUGCCGCUAAGCAGCAGGCGCGCCACACUGUCACCCAGGUGCUGUCGCGUUUCACCAGCCCUCCGGCGGGUGGUGGCAGCGGGGGCGGGGGCCCCGGUGGGGGAGGCCUGCGCCCCAGUCUGCCCCACUCCGCCUCGGAAGGGGGCCCGUUCCCCGGCCGCCUGGGCCACCCACAGAUCGGAAUCAAGGCGCCCACGGCGGCACGCAUCGACCGCGGCAACCCGCCGCCCAUCCCGCCCAAAAAGCCGGGCCUCUCGCAGACACCGUCCCCUCCGCACCCGCCCAUCAAGGUGGUCGCCGACGGCAGCAGUAGUCGGUCGCCAGGCGGCGGCCUGGUGGGGGGCGUGCUGCCGGGCAAGCCGGGCGCCCCCACGCCACAGCUGCCGCCCAAGCCAGCCCUGGAGCUGGGGGGCGCGGUGCCAGCCCUGACGGCUUCUCAGGUGGGUGCGCCUUGCACGGGCUGGCCGGCAUCCGCAUGUUCCGGAGAGUGUCCCCCUGCCACCAUCAACAUCACCUCCACCACCACCUCCUCCUCCUCCUCCUCCUCCUCCACCUCCGCUGCCAUUGUUCGUAGCCCCUCCAUAAUCCCUGCUAGUGCUCCACCCCGUAGCCCCCGUGACCCGGGCAGCCCCCUGGCAACAGCAUCAGGCUGGUGUCCCUCCAUAGUCCCCCCGCUAACCUGCGGUGACCCCGUCCCCCUGGACGACGGGCCCACCCUCCUCCUCCAAGCUGCUUCCCAGGGAAAUGUCACUUUAUUGUCAAUGCUGCUUAACCGAGAUCCAAUGACGGACAUGCGUCACCUCCAACAAGACCGAAACUCUGCCUUAUUCUCUGCUGCUCGAAAUGGACACACAGACUGCGUUACGCUGCUGCUGAGCUCAGGGGCGUCUGCCAACGCUCCAGAUGAAAACGGAUUCCUGUCUUUACACACCGCUGCUGCGCACGGCCAUCACGAGUGCGUAGAGGUGCUGGCGCGCUACACAACUGACGUUGACCAUGCGGGGGUGGCGGGGGAGACCCCUCUCUACCUGGCGAGUGUGAACGGGAGCGUGGAGUGUGUGAGAAUCCUGCUGGACGCGGGCGCUGAUCACACACACACCACCAACGACAGCUGCACGGCCCUGCAUGCAGCGGUCAGCUCGGGACACGUGGGCACGCUUCAGCUGCUCCUGUGCCACCCAGGGCCCAAGCAGAGACGGGACGACCCCCAAACCACCACCCACCCCCACCCUCACCCCCACCCCCACCCGCUCGCCACACUCCUCAAUCAGCCCAACAGAGACGGCUGGACCGCCGCCCAUAUCGCCGCUGCCAGGGGCUUCAAGGAUUGCCUGGGAGUAUUGUGUGCCCACAGUCAACAGGACAUCGAGACGAGGGACAAAUGCAACCGCACCAUCCAUGAUGUGGCCACAGACGACUGCAAGGACCUUCUGGAGAAUCUUUACUCGUACCGGGUCGCCGUGCAGGUGCACACGGGCCUCAGUGAGCGCCUCUGCCCCCUGGACCUGCUGGAGGACGGCCCUGUUGUCGGCAUGGUAACGGUCCAGCGUCACACGCGCUGGGACGAGCUGGGCCAAAGUCUGAAUGACCUGCUGACCAAUCACCUCCAGCUGCUGUGCAAGGGGUGGGACCACUGGGAGGGCCCGGCUGUGACGGACGCUCCACUAGGCCUUUCACCUGACAGCAUGGCCUCAGUGACCAUCGGAGACACUAUUUGGUUUCCGGGGGAAGAGUUGGCCCAGUCUCCGUGGGACCUGAUCCGCAAGCGCCUCAGCCAACGCCUCACCAUCCGCCUCAGAGGCCUGUCAGAGUCGGCGCUGGAUGAAAUGGCCUUCCACUCGCUCAUGCCCCUCCAGCUGCUGCAGAACUACACCCGCCUGGUGGAACAGUACCGUAAUGUUAUAUUCCACGGGCUGGAGGGAAGCUGCCAGGAGUACAUCGCCACUCAGAUCUCUCACUGUAUCAAGUGCAGACAGGAGGCUGUGGGGCUGGACUGUGACGUGGUGAGGGUGGAGGUGGAUGAGAGCCUGUCUAAGACCCAGCUGCUGGAGACUUUCAUCAACUGCGGUUUCCUGGUGCCGGCGCGCGAGGCGUGCGUGGGUUGCCGUGUGGUGGUGCUGCUGGAGGGCCUGGAGAGGGCGUCCUCUCUGUGCGAGCUGCUGGGGGAUCUGUGCGAGGCGCUGGAGAACCGCGGCUCCGUCUGCUCCCUCUCCCCACAGCACGGUCAGGACGGGCUGUACUACUUCCAGGAGGGCGCCUUCCUCAUUGGCUCGCUGGCAAAGCCCCGGUUACAGGGGGCGGAGCUGCAUCUACAGCAGCACUUCCGCUGGGUGCAGCUGCGCUGGGACUCCGAGCCGCUGCACGGCCUUCUGGGACGCCACCUGCGCCGCAAACUCCUCCACAAGACACAAGGCCAGCCUUGGGUACCGGAAGAUCCUCUGCACAGGUCUCUGUCCUGGGUGUGCUCAGUCUGGCACCAGCUCAACACCUGCCUGUCUCGCCUGGGCACCCCAGAGGCCCUCCUGGGCCCCCGCAUCUUCCUGUCCUGUCCUGUGGUACCGGAUCAGACACUGGCCAUUGUGAAAUGGCUGGCUCGUCUGUGGAAUGCGGUGGUGGUCCCUCGUGUGGAGGAUGCUGUCGUCUCCAGGGUUACAGCCAAGAGGGCUCCGGCCCAGCGCCGGUCUCCUAGCAACAGCAAGAGUCUGAGCCCGGGCCAGAGGGCAGUGUUGAGAGCUGCCCUCAGCAUCCUCCUUAACAAAGCCGUCCUGCAGAGCUGCCCACUGCCCCCUCCAGAGAUCGACAGGCACCUGUCAGAAUUCCAAGGAGGGACCUUCCCGUUGUCCGCAAUCGGCAUCUCCUGUAAGAAAGGCGGGAGGAAGGGGAGGGACAGUGGGCCCUGGAGACGGGCCAACACCAGCCCGCGCAAGAAGGGAAGCCCCAGCACUGGGUGGAGCACCAGCGGCUCUCUACGGGAAGGGUCUCUGUCCAACUCGGAGGUCCACCUGAUGUCUCACAUCAGCUCUCCCAGGAUCGGAGGUGGAGACCCUGCCGGUCUCUCUCUCUGCUCAGACGAUGAGACGGACCUCCUAAGGGAACUCCAGACCAUGUGCUCCAGCAAAUCAGAGCCGGACAUCAGCAAGAUUGCUCACUCCAAAGAGGACUUCAUCAUGUUUCCUGGCUCAACGCAUCGACAAACCCAGCUGAACAACAACAAUGAGGCAGCGGUCCAGGCCGAAGCCCCCACCAUAAGCGAGAAGUUGCCCACACCACGGUCCUCUGUGGCCCACACGACUGACAGCCGUCUAUCUAAGAGCGUGCCCACUCCAGCCACAGCCAGCACCUCGACCCCGACCCCGACCGUGACCCCAACCGUGACCCCCCUUACCCCUCAGGGGGAGAGGCGGGCCACGCGCCCCAAAUCGCAGCUCCCUGUGCCUAGCAGCAGGGGGCCUCAGCGAGCUCUCAGCACGCCCCGAGUGGUCAGCAGCAGCAGCAGCAGCAGCAGUGUACCUCCUCAGCCCCACGGCCAGAGCGCCGUCAGCCCCCGACCCCCCAACAAAGCCCAUGCGAGCAGCAGAGCAAGGCAGGCCCCGCCCACCAACACCCCCCCAACCACCAACAACAACAAUAACAACAGCACCCUCAACCAAUCACGUGAGGAGAUCUGGAUCCUGCACCCAAAUUUGCAUGAAAACUACAACAACCAGGGGUAGACUCCUUUAUCCUCUCCUCACACCCUGACCCCCCCCCCCCCCUCCCCAAUCGCCCUCAAAUAGUGAUUUCCCUCCAUGUUGUGAAGUUAGUUUUCUGACAGCCUUUUAGUAUUUGUACUUGUUAUCAGUACUUGUUACACUAUAUUACAUUGUGUACUUGGGGACCAUAGUUUUAUUAUAUUAUACUAUUGAAGUAUUGAGUUUCGGUGGAAGAUAAGAUGAUAAUAAAAUGAGCAAAUAAGCAGGGACAUGUCUAACAAAAGAAGUGCUUGAACAGCUUUUGCCUUCAGGCAAAAAUGUUUUGGAUCAAAGCAAGAAAAGAAUUUUCUUUGCUGUUAAGUAUUUUCAAAUAUAAAAGUGUUUUAUGUUUAAAUAGUUGCAAGGUUGGUUUAAGUACUGUUGACAUUAAUCAGGGUUUUACCAAAUAUGUGUAAAUAAGAAUUAGGAACUUUAAAUGGAAUAUAGAUUAGUGUAUGUGGUAUUAUGCUUGUACAGUACAACUGAAAAGGCAAAAAAAAAACAGAACAAAAAAUAUUGUACAUGUUUGUAAUAUGAAAAUUUGGUUCUUAACUUUUUCACUUGUUUCAAAGUGAAUGGAAUGUGGCAAUAAGAAACAUAAUUGCAAACACAGGACAUUUUCUGUUUUGACUGUAAGCCAUAAUAAAUAUUUGAUUUCUCUGUUUCCACCUGAGUCACAGCUGGCUUAAGGUGCCGAUGUGUGAAGCCCCACUCCGAGUCGACGCAGCAAGCUUUUCUGUUCUUCUUUUACUGACCUUUGUUUCUCCACUCGUUCUUUUCUUUCAUGACCUUUUCCUAACACUUUUGAACAACCAGUAUUCUUCUCAGUUGCCAUUGUUUAUAUGUACAGAAGAGAUUUUAGUCAACCUUUGGUGUUGAACUGUAUGAUAGCUGUCUGAUGACGUUUCGAGAACAUGCCCUGCUUCCUUCAAGCACAACAAUUAAAAACUGCACUGUUACUCCCAA